GGAAAACACUGACGAUGGCCGGAAUGGAGCAUGUAAUUUCCAUGGAGGAGAUGAUCCAUUCGAGAAAAGUUGAAAGAAAAGAAGUUGGUGAAACAAGCAGAGGCCAUGAUCAACCUGUCAUUGUCUCUAGUAUUGCAAUCCAUGGUGAGACAGGUUCCGAGGAAGAGAAUUUUAUGAAAUUGAAGGAGGCGCGUGUCAAAGGGAAGAAUCGAUGGACAACAAAGCCAAAGAUACAAAAGGUUCUAUUGCUUCGAGAUCACAAAGAUUUCCGAAAGUACUGCGAGCCGAGGGUGGUAUCAAUCGGUCCUAUCCAUCAUGGUAAGCCAAAGUAUCGAUUAGCAGAGGAAUACAAGCUUACAUUGGCAGAAAACUUCAUUGGAGAAAGUGGCAAGACUGAAAAAGAAUUAUAUAUGGUGAUUAAGAACAACAUCGAGCAACUAAGGAAGUGUUUCGAUGAGGAGGUGAUUCGCAAUUAUAAAGAUGAAGCCCUUUCAUGGAUGUUGUUUGUGGAUGGUUGUGCAACACUGAAAUUCAUACACUCUGUUGUUGAGAAAAAUGUCAAAAGGUUCCAAAUUAAAAACGGUCAAGUGGCCUUUGUGCAACAGGAUUUAUUCUUGUUGGAGAAUCAACUUCCAUAUCGAAUUCUCAACGAUUUAAUCCAAAAUAGUAAUGAGAGUGAAAAUUUAACGAAGUCGGUCCAAAGUUUCAUCGAUAUGCAAAGUAUGCAAAGUACGCAAAGUACGACAGGAAAAACACAGGAAAAGUCAUCCAAUAAAGAACCAGUUCAUCUUCUGGAUCUACUACGGAACAGACUUCUAGGUUGCACUUCCGUAAGUCCUGAAAAUAACUCUGACCAGGAAGAUUGGCAUUCAUUUCGCAACGUGCAGGAGCUUAAAGCAGUAGGAAUUCAUUUGAAGUCCAGCAACGAUAGCUGCUUGCGAAAGAUAACCUUCGCUGAGAAAUGGAAAUUCUACGGCGGAACCCUUAGUUUGCCUCCAAUAAUAGUGGAUGACUCAACCGGACCCAAAUUCUUCAACUUGAUAGCUUACGAGAUGUGUCCGGAUUUUGAAAAUGACUAUGGAGUCUCGUCUUACAUAUCCUUCCUCGAUUCACUCAUCGACGAACCCAAAGACGUUAUAGACCUCAGGAAUGCAGGCAUACUCCAAAAUUUCCUUGGCAGUGAUGAUGAAGUGGCUAAAGUCUUCAACAAGAUAGGCACCGACUUGGUUCCUAACCUUGAAAUAUAUAAAGACGUCAGAUGCGAAAUCCAGCAAUACUACAACAAGGGGAGGAUGCUCUGGAUAACUCAAGUCAUUCACGACCAUUUCAGCAGCCCGUGGACGGUAGUGGCUUUCAUUGCUGGAUUAUUUGUACUCAUUCUCAGUGUCUUACAGACCGUGUACUCUAUGUUGGCUUAUUAUCAUCCAAAAUGAGACCAGAGGUAUUGAAAAUUUGUUAUAGAUCCUCUCUGGUACGUCCUAUGUAUGGCUAUGUCAUUCCGUUUGUUUACUUUCCUUUUGUGGAACUCCCUUGUUCGUUUAAAUAAGUCAGUGUGGACAAUGUACUUGAUUCUUUAU